AUGCAAACACUCUCUGCCAGCGAAGCACGCGCCAACCUCUAUCGCCUGAUGGACCAGACAGCCGAGUCGCAUCAGCCAAUCACAAUCGCAGGCAAGCGCCAUGACGCAGUGCUCCUGGCAGCAGAGGACUGGCAAGCAAUUCAAGAAACGCUCUACUUGCUCUCGGUUUCUGGCAUGCGCGAGUCCAUCAAAGAGGGAAUGGCUGAACCCAUCGACGCCUGCACCAAGGAGCUUGACUGGUGA